AUGUUUGCCGGCUCAUGUAUCGGCGUGAUCCUCCUUGUCAUGUCUCUCGAGUUCCUCCGUCGUCUAGGACGCGAGUUUGAUAAACACAUUGCGGGCCAACCAUCUCUGUUUAACAAACUCGGCUUCGGAACUUCCGCCAUGGCUGCUGCAAACUCGCAUCCAGUAGGCAGUGAAUUCACCGAUGAUCCUACCAGCUCCAAGCCGACGGAUGCCAAUGGAUCACCUAAGCUCGUGGGAGGACGACGUUCGCCAACGCUCUUGCAGCACACGCUUCGAUCCCUGUUGCAUAUGGUAACUUUCGGAGUAGCAUAUUUUGUGAUGUUGCUGGCCAUGUACUACAAUGGGUUUUUCAUCAUCUGCAUUCUCAUUGGAGCAUUCCUGGGCCACUUUGUGUUCUCUUGGAAGAGUAAAGAUAAAAGGUGA